CAAAACCGUUUAAGGUAAAUUCCCAACAAGAUUCUGAAUCUGUGCUGUCAAAGUGUCCAAGAUUCAUGCCCUGAAUUUUGCCGUGAAAAUUGUCCGCAUGCAUACUUGAACUCUCGACCUUCUCUUAUUUAUAAUCACACAAAUCUCAAUUGCAAUCUUCAUAGACUUCAAACCUUCAAAGGAGUUCAGCAUCAAGUUAUUUGUCAAUUGUCAUCUUGGUUGUAAGCAUGGCCAUCACUGCAACAAAGAUGGCUCUUAUUGUGGGUACACUUGGUGUGAUCUCUUUCAUAUUUGGAAUUUUUGCCGAGACUAAGAAGCCUGCAGGUGGCACCCCAAUUGCCGGGAAAGAUGUCAUCAUUUGCAAGUACCCAUCAAGUCCCACAGUAGUUUUGGGUUAUCUCUCAUUUUUGUUUCUUUUGGCUUCUACCGUGGUUGGCUACUUGUCACUCUUUCACCCUUACCAAAGAAAAUCAGUUCCAAAUUCUGUUCUGUUCAAAAGCACCAACUUCACCAUCUUCUUUAAUGUUGCUUUGUUUACAACUGGAUUAGGGGCAACCUUUCUAUUAUGGCCAACUUUAACAGAGCAAUUUCACCUGUCCCGCAAUGUCCAUCGCAACCUCAAAACAGAUUGCCCCACGGCUAAAACAGGCCUCCUUGGUGGUGGUGCUUUUGUGUCUUUGGAUGCAUCUCUCUUCUGGUUGGUUGCUCUUAUGUUAGCUAUCAAUGCAAGAGAGGAUUUCCUAGAAGAUGCACAAGAGGAACCUGUUAAGAGUGGAAACAGCCACACUAUCAUAACUAAUAUAUGACUAUGUAUAAUGUGGGUGUGUGAGUGACGCUUCUUCAAUCACAUGUCCAAGGAUCAAAUGUCAUUGGUGGGUGCAUUUCUACAAGGGCGAUUCUUGUAUAGCAAGCAACCUGGUGCUUGACUGCUUGGAGUUUUCAUUGUAAAUAUCAUUUUUCUGUUUGCUUAUUUUGUUUUCACUGCUUUUGAAUAUUGUUCUUCACAGCUCGAAUGGAAUGUGGAAUGGUAUUGUUUCAACUUACAACAAACCAGGUUUAAUUUUUAAGCUACAUUGAGUUUCA